CACCAAUGAGUCAACAUCAUCUUCGGGCAUGCUCGUUAGCUUCCGUAAAUUUACGCUAGCUAAACCACGCCCACCACCGACGAUCAGUGAGUGAAGCUGGUAAUUCGCCGUGAAUGUAGCAAUAUGAAUGUUCGCAUAGUUUUCUCAAGAAAAUAACACGGGGCCGUUCGUGUCGAAAAAAAAACAACCGAAAUUCGCGCGUACGUGUUAUUCGCCUGGAUCAAUCGAAUGAAAUUGAGUGAUUUGGCCUAGUGAUUUAUUUAGUAGUGAAGUGAAGUUCAGUGAGAAAUUUUGUUACACACACGUGCCCAAGUUGCUUUUAUUCGGCUCUGUUUUUCUUAUUUUUAUUAAAUUGGUUACUUGUGUGUGGAAGGAUACACCUUUUGCCUGCCUGCCAUCGAAGCCUAGGAAAAGAUCGUUUUGACGGGGGCUAUUUGUCUUAGGUUAGGAUGUCACACCACAGCGACGAUAAUAUGUUAAUAGCUACCUCAGAUUCCUUUUGGGAACCAGGCAAUUACAAACGGACAACCAAGAGAAUCGAAGAUGGCCACAAGCUCUGUGACAGUCUCAUUGCUCUCGUUCAGGAGAGAGCAGAGAUUGAGAAAAAUUAUGCCAAGGCACUCAAGAGUUGGUCUAAAUCGUGGAAUGAGAAGAUUGAAAAGGGCCCGGAGUACGGGACUACCGAAGCCGCGUGGAAAGGCUCUCUUGUUGAGUCUGACAGAUUGUGCGAUCUUCAUCUCAAAGUGAAGGAGAAUCUUUGUGAUGAUAUUAUACAGCAGGUCAAAACAUGGCAGAAAGAUGCAUACCACAAGGUGAAAAAAAUGCAGGACCGAGUACAGAAGACUAAAGAAGAGGUGCAGAAGGCAAAGGAGAAAUAUGAGGCAUCACUUCAAGAAAUAAAUCAGUACAAUCCAAAGUACAUGGAAGACAUGACUCAGGUGUUUGAAAAAUGUCAAGAGAUGGAAGCACAACGACUGCAAUUCUUCAAGGAAGUCCUAUUUGGUAUUCAUAAAUGUCUCAACAUAUCACAGGAUCCAGUUCUUCCACAAAUUUAUGAGGAAUUUUAUCAUACCAUUAAUAAUGCCGAUUUUGAAAAGGACCUCAAGUGGUGGUCGAAUAAUCACGGGGUCAAUAUGGCCAUGAACUGGCCACAAUUCGAGGAUUAUACCGAGGAAUUCCGUGAGAUCACCAAAGGAUCAAAAUCGAAAGAGGCCCUACCAGCUGGCUCCAUUACCCUCAUCAAUCAACGCCCAGUUGGGGAAGACCUGCAUGAUUUCCCACCAGUUAAUAAUAAAACAAAAGCUAAGCCACCAAGUGCUAGAGCAAUACCAGAGAACAAUGGGGAAGGUAAAACGGAUACAUUAGGAUCAUUGAAGCAGAGCGUAGAGAAAAAUAAUCAUGAUGGUAACUCCGUCAACAGAUCUUCUAUGAUUACAAAUGGAACGAAUGCCAAGCAAGAAUCAAAUCCUUUUGACGAAGAAGAAUGGGACGAAGAUGGAGGUGAGGCCUUGGUAGACACAGGUGAACCUGGUGUACCUGUUAGAGCGUUAUACGAUUACGAAGGUGCAGAGGCAGAUGAAUUAACAUUCAAACAAGGUGAAGUAUUUGAAAAAUUAGAGGACGAGGACGAGCAGGGCUGGUGCAAAGGAAGAAAGGACGGCAGAGUAGGUCUUUAUCCAGCAAACUACGUCGAUGUCGUAUCCCAGUAAUGAGUUUAUAUUUUGAAAACCUCUUGAAAAAAGCCAAAUUCCAAGUGAUUAAUUCAAUUAAUCGCACCGUGUGCAUGAAUAAACAUUGAAAUGCUUAAUUAUUCAUCACACGGAUGGACAAGAAAAGGGCCCCUUGUUUAUAAUCAAUUCAAUAAACAAAUACUGUCACUAAUGACUAGUGAAUCCCCUCACCUAUCAAAAUUUCAAGAGGUUGAGUUGUUCGUAAUUCGUUGUUCAACGAAAUAAAACAAAACGUAAGACGAAAAUAGAUAAGAAAAAUAUAGAGGCCAGUUUGAUACAUUAAAAUGGCAGGCUGGUUGAUGUUAUUAUUAUUAUUUUUUUUGUUUUCAAAUAAAUCUGAAAGAAAUGAGUUGUGAAAGAAUUACCGAGGACGAUUGAAUGAUUUGAAAUUGUCUAUCUGGAAUGCUAGCUUAGUGUAUGGAAAUAAUACCAGUAUAAUAUACAGGAAAAAGAUAUAUAUGAGAAAGAAAAUCAUCGCAAGUAUUAAAGGGUGCGAUGGAAAAAUGCGUAUGCCAAUUAAUAGAUUUUUUUGAAUAAAAGAAGACAAUUGUA